UGUAAGGUUUGCAGCCAAUCUGUAAAUCUUGGUGUCUUGUUACGCAGCACGCAAUCCUUGUGUCCUCUCAGUAAAACUGGGAGCCAGCUGGACAACAGGCAGGACAGGCUCACUAUCCAGGUAUCGUGGUGAUGCUUUCUCGGUAUUUCGGAACGUACCUCAAUCCCGAACGCCAACAGAGCGAGGAUUUGGCUGCAGUUCCUGGAGGAGGUCAUUGCUGAACUGUUGACUGCUGAUCCGUGAGAUACUUGCCUCCCCAUGGCGUGUAGUGAGGUCUGUGGUUACAGUGGCCAAUAUGAAGCUACCCUCUUCCCAAUUAUUUACUCCCUCGUCUUCGUCGUUGGUCUGAUUGGCAACUUGGCGGCCAUUGGUGUGAUCGCUCAACAUGUCAAACGCGGCAAUGUCCUUGGCGUGUACCUGGCCAAUCUCUGCGCCUCUGACCUCAUGUACAUCUGCACUCUUCCUGUAUGGAUUGCUUACACAGCCAAGGAGGACUGGCUUUUUGGGGCUUUGACCUGCAAGAUUGUUGGCUUCUUUUUCAACGCUAACCUCUACACCACCAUAGCGUUCCUGAGCUGUAUAGCUGCAGAUCGCUUUGUAGCUACGGUUUUCCCUUUUCGGGCUGUGGCCAUACGGACUAUAAGAGGUGCAAUGUUUAUCUGUCUAGCGGUUUGGUUGAUCAUCCUGGGCUCUCAUGCCAUAUUCCUCGGCAAGGAUGAACUGUUUAACUCAAGCCAGAACGUCAAGCUUUGCUACGAAAAGUAUCCGAUGGAUAGAUGGAUGGCUCGUGUGAACUAUUUCCGUAUUUUUGUGGUAUUUCUUAUUCCCCUGGUACUUCUCAUAGUCUCCUACUGUUCCAUAGUCCGAGUAGUUCACCGUAGUCCCAGCUUGGAAAUAAAUAAAAAACGCAAGAUCAUUGGACUUCUGUUGACUAUGACAGCCAUCUUUGUUAUAUGCUACCUUCCCUACCACAUUGUGCUCUUCAUCCGUUCCUUCAUCAGCGAUCAGAAUAUCUGCACCUGCGACAUAGAGAACAAAGUCCGUCCAGCCUAUCGGAUCUGUUUCAGCCUUACGAGCCUCAGCAGUGCCUUGGACCCUUUCAUCAAUAUCUUUGUCAGUGAAAGCAUUAAGAAGGAUCUUCUGAAGGAAGUAAGGGCUCUGUGGGCUGGCUUUAGGAUUCUGAAGAAUCCAAGAGCCUCUUUAAGGCGGUCAGCAAAAACAGUGGAUUAUCAUACGGUGACAAAUACCAUAGAUAAUGACCAUCUCUUGGUGGAGCAGAGGAAAGAUGAGACGGCGUUCUAAACCGUACAUGCACAGACUGAUUUACGUGGCUGGAUUUUAUAAUACGGUCAUUAAGUGAAAUGCAUCUAAAUAAAGUCUCCGAUUUACAAACGAGAUAAUGCACACAAAGUGACUAAUGAGGAGCCUCCGGGCUCCCUACACGAACACUCGAUCCUGAUUUACUACAGGAAAGUGCCAGCGGUGAGCGGUGUAGAGAAUGAAUGAAAGACACAAGCAAGUUUGCAGACUGUA